CAAGCACUGUCAAUCGAGCCAAACAUGCAUUCUUCUUGGUCAUUGCUAUCACUGGCGGUCUCUGCCGCCUCUGCUGCCCCUUCUCUGCUGCGCAGAGCACCCGCUGGUGCACCAGUCGUCAACUUGAAGAACGGCUCAUACUAUGGUGUACACAACAGCCAAUACAACCAGGACUUUUUCCUUGGUGUCCCAUUCGCACAGCCUCCUAUCGAUGAGCUUCGUUUCGCCAACCCCGAGACCUUGAACGUAUCCUGGACUGGAGCCCUGCCAGCAACAAACUAUGCAUUCGAGUGCGUAGGCUACGGAGGUGAUCAGGUGGGCUACCAACAGAGCGAGGACUGUCUCUACCUGAACGUCGUCAGACCUUCCGGCUACGAGAAUGCCAGUCUGCCAAUGGUUGUCUGGAUCCAUGGCGGUGGCUUCUACAUGGGUGGUGCAGUUGACCGCAGAUACAACUUGACCUUCCUCGUCGAGAACUCCGUCAAGGUUGGUAAGCCCAUCAUGGCUGCCAGUGUUGCUUAUAGACUUGGUCCCUUUGGUUUCCUCAACGGUGAUGAGAUUGCCGGUGCUGGUCAGACCAACAUCGGACUCAAGGACCAACGCAAGGCUUUGCAUUGGCUUCAAGAGAAUGGUGCUGCCUUCGGUGCCGACACAAGCAAGGUCACUAUUAUGGGUGAAUCUGCUGGCGCGGCCUCGGUUGGUUUCCAUUUGGUUGCAUACAACGGCCGUGACGACAAGCUGUUCCGUGGUGCAAUCAUGGAAUCCGGCAACGCCAUUGCUUACAAUGCCCUGAACGGCUCAGACUCCUACCAACCCAAAUACUCUGCUCUCACCAAGGCAGCUGGAUGCGGAAACUCUACCAACACUCUGGACUGCCUGCGUGCUCUGCCCUUUACUGUCCUCAACAACAUCCUGAACACUACCGAUUUCAGCGGCGGCUGGAACCCUGCUCUCGACGGCGACUUCAUCGCUCGUUACGGCACUGGCCGACGGAGCUUUGUCCACGUCCCCAUCAUUAACGGCGCAAACAGCGAUGAAGGUGUUUCUUUCAGUCCCGCUCCCGUCAACUCAACCGCCGGCCUCGAGAAGUACCUGAACACUACUUCUUCUACCCAGUUCGCCUUGACACCCGAUCUUGUCGAGGACCUCCUCGCCGUCUACACCUCCGGCCAGCCCGACUACCUGAUCCCCUCUACUGAAGAGCUGGGCCAAAACGUCACCUCUCUCGGCCCUCGCUUCGGCCCCUCCUACCGCGCCUCUGCCGCCUACUUUGGCGACGAGGUCUUCAUCGCCAACCGCCGCAGAACCUGCGAGACCUGGGCCGCCAACAACGUAUCCGCCUACUCAUACCGCUUCAACGCCAUCCCUACCGGCUCCACCUACGUCGCCCACUUCCAAGAAGUCGCUUUCGUGUUUAACAACCUCAACGGUCUUGGCUAUGCAAUCAAUCCUUUUGCCAACAAGUCCUCUGCGUUCACUGAGCUCUCAGACUUCAUGAGCAAGAGUUGGGUUACUUUUGUUCACGACCUGAACCCUAAUGGCUAUGCGGGCAAGAACUCGAGUUUGCCAACCUGGCCGGUGUAUAGUGUCUCUAACCCACAGAACAUGGUGUUUGAUGCCAAUGUUACCAGUCAUGCUGAGCCCGAUACCUGGAGAGCUGAGGGUAUGAAGUUGAUUGCUGACAACAAUAUUCAGUAUCACAGAUAG